AACAAAACAAAACAAAACAAAGAAGGAAAAAGCAGUGCCGGUAUGCCCACGGUGGCAUGGCGUGGUUUCCUGGCGGUAAAGUCCUGUUAUUGUUUCAGUUUUCAUCAUCUAUCCAUCUAUUUUAUUACUCCAUUAUUAUUAUACUUUCCCUAGGAAAAUUUGGGAUCGGCGGCGGAGUGAGCUUUCCUUUCCCUUCAGCAAAUGGCGAUGACUGUUGAAGGUAAUUACUCCACACUUCUCUCUUUCCUUUUUAUCUUCUAUGCAUCAUCUUCUUCCGUAAUUCAUCCUCGUUCCAUAAAAGUUUGACAAUACAAAGGGUUUGGUUUUCUUUGGUAAGAUUUAAGUAAUAACGAUUUGAAAUUAUUGGCUAGGGAAUGAAAUUGGGCGACAAAAAUUGGGUCGGUCUUAUUUUUAUAGAACUCAAAUAUCUUGUUGAGGAUAAGCUCAAUCACAUAAUUUUAUGAUUUACUGAAAUUUCGACAUACUGUGUUGAAUAGAUUUUAGAAGGGUUUGUAAAUCAAGGGACUACAGGUUAGAAGUAUACAGUGACCUGAAUGUUCGUGGGUUGGGGUUAUUCUUUCAACACAAUUCAAUUGCUUGUCUUUGAAUGUAUAUUGAGUGUUGUUGUUGUUGUUGUUACAUAUUGGGGCAUAAUUUUGCUGUUAUUUUACAUUGUUUCAAACUAACAAAUCUCUGUUCAUGCGCAUUGCUGAUGUGGGGUGUCAAAUGGAUGGUGUCCUCUGCAGUGCUUGCUGGACUUGCUUUUAUGUUCUCAGCUAGCAUACUGCUACAGAUUCUGGCUUGUGCAAUAUAUGGCAACUGGUGGCCAAUGCUUUCAGCUCUCAUGUACGUGCUAGUCCCUAUGCCUUGUCUAUUCUUUGGAGGUGGGACCACUCAUUUUCUUAUGAGCCGUGAUGGUGGGGGUUGGAUAAGUGCUGCAAAAUUCCUGACAGGAGCUUCAGCCAUUGGGAGCAUUGCCAUUCCCAUCAUCCUUAGGCAUGCAAACAUGAUUGAGACAGGUGCAAUGUUCAUUGAAUUUACAUCAUUCUUCAUUUUUGUCUGUACUGUGUUGUGCUUCCAUCGCGCUAGCCUUGACGAUGACUGGUGAUAAGGUGGAAUAUUACUCCGGAAAGUUCUCAUGUCAUUUACUGAAUGUUGUUUGGUGGAACCUGUUACAAGAGUUGACUCAGAAAUUAAAAACUGCAUUCCUUCUAAAAGGUGAAGGGAUUAUAAUUUCUUCUCUUUUGUAAAUCUGUUUCAUGUAAUACCAAAAACAAAGCUAAGUCAAGUAGCUUUAUAUUUGUGCUCGAUGCUACAUUAACAAGCUUGAGCUUCUAUCAAUUUUAAUUUAUUAUCAGUAUUUUGUACUAAAGUAAGUUCAAGAAU